AUGACUCCAUAUCCACCUCCCCCGAAACGAAGACUUCACCACAUUGGAAAACCACCUGCCUCUCACAAAGGCCCGAAUCAGUUUGACCAGUGUGCAACACGAGAAAAACAUCUCGCUAUUCGAGCAUCUCGAGCCCUUCAGUCACGCCAGCCAGUCAUCUCGCCAUUUUCAAACCUUCCUAUCGAACUCAUAUUUGAGAUCGCGGACUACCUUCCCCCAGCGUCCAGGCUUUGCCUUGCCUUGUGCUCUAGGGGCUUAAUGAAUGUCCUCGACGACUCAAAUUCCCUGCGGAAAUCACCAGAGUUUUGUUAUCCUAGAUCCUUAGAUUCAGAUAUACGGGAGCCUAGAACCCGCAGCUACAUCUUUGAAUCAGGUUUCUGGAAACUACUUUGUCAGCUCGAAGAUUCACGCUUCCGUUGCUGCUCUGCAUGCGUGAAACUACAUCCUACAAAUGAAUUCUCAGAGCAAGCCUUGGAAACGAGAGCAAAGAGUCGAAAUUGCAUGUUUGGCGCACUUGCUGGGGUUGUGCGCCUUUGUCCGUGUGUGAGGAUGACAUUUCGAGGAAAAAUAAAGCUGGUUGAUAAGCUUAGAGAGCGAUCCUCAGGGAAAAAGGACCCCCCGCCGCCCGACCGCGAAGACGUUGUUGCCAUUCCAGGCUGGCACCAAUGUGAAUAUGCUGGCGGGCCCACGAAGAUUAUAGUCACUAUCAACCCUAAACUCGAGCAUGACGGUGAACUAGUGAUUGAAACCAUCUACACUCUCACUGGAUCCAGAAUCCCGUUUGGUCUUAUGAACAUGCCAUAUUUCUGCUGCCCACAUCGCAGCGUAUAUGAUCACAUCGAUGAUAUCACUACUUUAAGACACAUAAGGACGAAAGGGGAUGAUGGUAUCCUGUACAGUAACCCAAGGAAGGUGAAAUGCAAGUACUGCUUAACAACUUCUCUCGAUAUUGAAUGGCAUCAGGACUGGUGGACCGCCAGAAUCACCUACUUGAGAUUUCGCACCUUGAAAUGGAUGGGCCGGGACCUCAUUCAAGCUGAUAAAACUUGGUAUGAGAAUACCGACAAUGCUUUUGAGACGCUCGAAGAGUAUGAGCAGCGUGCAAGAUGGCCUUGGGGCUCGUGGCUCAAUUAUACCGACUUUCCGUUCAUAAGAGGGAAUUCAAUACCUCACUGCGUAGAAGUGCGAGUUCAUCGCUGGUGGCACAUUCACCUUUGUUCCCCUGGGUUGGGCCACCACAGAGGAGUAUCGCUGCGGCCUGGUCCAUCCUCCCCUUCCGCGGCAGGUAGAGACGAGCGUAAGGAACCGACAGCUGUCUCCAAAGCAGAAGUGAAACCACGCAGCACCUUCCCAGUUGGGUCUGCCGCAUUCCUCGUAACGCCUCUACAUUCCUGGACACGUUGCGAACCGUCCUACAAUUUCGGCCGGGUCCGGAGCAGGCCGUCCCUCCUGAGUUUGAGCUGGUUCAGGCUGGGCCCGCCUGAACUUCGCCUUAACCCAGGCCAGUACAAGUGGAGCAUAAUACCGAUUUUUGGCCUCGUUUUUAUUUCUGGCAACGGGUAUUUGCCGGGAGCUUCAUCAAACAUAUCCAGCGUGAUCUAUGAUGUGCGUGAAAAUGUUGAAAAGCUUGAAAAGACCAAACGUCAAGACUCAAAGGGAGACCGCACAACAUCCGUUGACUGGGCCAAUGGUCGCCCAUCGGUUUCUCUGACUGAGACUUGCUCAGCAUUUCGCCCUCAAUCGCCCAAGAUGGACAUGCUCGCAGCACUCACCUCUCUCCUUUCCAUGGGCAUUGUUUAUCCCGCAUCGUUUCUCGCCUCGUUUAUAUACUCGUUGCUGGAGUUCCUUCUACGCCCGUUGCUCCAUCCCCUCCGUCAAGUCUACCAGUUCCAGGGAUUUCUGAUCCGGAUGGUUCUAAAACUAGAGCCGGCAUACACUUUCUUCGGAACCGCAAUCUUUUUCGGAGCGGUUGCGGGAUAUUUGCUGCACUGUACCUUAUGUUCGACGUACGAGGCGUUGGGCGUGGCUCCCACCUCUCAUACGCAACUACGCCUUGGGAAGCCUGGUCAUCUUUCAACUACAAAGCUGAAAGAGAGUGAAAGUGAUGAAUCUGACACAGGCCGUAUGAGUAACAACCGACCACAAGGAUUGUUGAGAAAAACCGGCAUAAGAUCGAGAUAUCCUCGCUGGUGGAUGCAGCGCAAGGAUUCGAUGACUGCAGAUAUAUUGGAGGAGGAGGAUGAUUCACAAUGA